UUGAAACAAAUAGCACAGGUAGAAUGGGUAAUUAUGGAAACUGAAUUGACGCUGCUUCUCUCCCUAUUUAACCUUCUACUCUUCUAAAGUAUUUCAGGAAAAAAAUAAAAACCCACUUUUUUGGAAGCAGAGCUGUAAUUGAGAAGGAUAACAAAUUUUUUGAGAAGCCCUAUCUUCAGUAGCUGCAACAGCGAUUCAAUUGUGCAUCUGGUGAUUAUUGAGGUUUCCGGUGUGAUGGCUUUGAGGCGUAUGCUUGGGUAUUCGGAUGGAGAGUUAAUGAGAUCAGAUGCAAAACCUUGCACAAGACUAAUGAGACAAACUGCUGGGAUUUUUUCUGUUGGAGGAGCAUUAGGAUUUUGGAUUCUUUGCCGACUGCACUAUGGUCCUAGAAUCACAGUUCCUAGAAGUCUUAGAUGGGCAGCUUGUGGGGCUGUUACUGUGAGCUCAAGCACCGCUUUGCUAGUUCGUCUAUUUAGUCCUGAAUGUGAACCACAAAAUAUAGCUGCCUAUGACAAGAAGGGAUGAUGUUCCGAGAUCAGUAUGUAAAACUGAGGUGUUUAACUUUUUAAGGAUUCUCCUUCCACAGGCAUAACACAUGGUUGCGUGGGUUAGCCACUGGAGAACGACCAGCGUUUCAAUGCUUAACUAUUAUAUUUGCCACUAAUAUUUCAAUUGCUAUUGCUUAAAAUGCUGCAAACACUCGAGAAGUGAUUCUUAAUCUGGCUAAGUUUUCUCCUAGCAGCUAAUUCUAUGUACUUAUUUGUGUGAGUGAUUUAUCAUUUGGCUUAAGCUUCAAAGGUUAUCUGAUAGUAUGUCUACACUUCAAUAAGAUCUUACUACUAUUUCUUUAAUUUUGUAAA